AUGUCAGAGGAAGAAGUAACAGGGUUCUCCGAUUACUCUAAAGAAGAAAAAGACUAUUCAGCUGAUAGUGAUAGUUCCGAUUCAGGUUCAGAAGAUGAAGAUGAUGUCGCAGCUCCAGCGAAAUUCGAUUAUUCAUUCAGCGACGAUGUCCCCUUGUCCAAUCUCGUGAAUCAGAGAAAAUGGGAACCUGUGGCUGGUGACAGAAACAAUUUUGUUUUAACUCCAUCAUAUACUGCCGAAGACGCUCUCAUCGCUGACUAUAAACGAGAAGAAGAAUCUAAAGACAAGAUCAUAAGGGAUAAACAUUACACCAAAGCACUCGCAGAAGUAACAAAAAUGUUCAGACCACCGAUUAAGUAUAGACCCGUUUCUUUCCCUGACCUCAGAUACUACCCCUGGACACUACCCACUUCAGCAGAGGCGCCAUAUACCAAUGAUUCUUAUUGGAAAGCAGAUGUUAAAAAAAUACGCUCAAGGAAAAAUAAAUUGACAAUGGAAGACUUUCAUUUCAUAACCUAUAUGUAUAAUGAGAUAUUUAUUCACAACAGAACAAACGUCCACAGGAUUGAAGAUGGAAUUUACACCGACAUACACGGCAAUGACUUGAAAUAUCACAAUCAAGCCCACGCAAGAUCACACUUUGUAAAAGCCGAAGGUGACGACAAAAUAAGAAUGGUUUUUGGAGUACCAAAACUACUCAUACAAGUUGAAACAAUGUUUUUAUGGCCUUUAGUAAAUGACUUAGUCAACAGAGACGGUCCUAUGCUAUGGGGUUAUGAAACGCUCAAAGGCGGAUGGUACAAGAUGUACCAAUACAUGUCAGAUUUACCGACACCACAGACCUACCUUGCUCUAGACUGGAAACAGUUUGAUAAGAGAGCCGAAUUUGGAGUCAUUGAUGAUCUACAUGAUAUCGAGUCUUACAUCGAUUUCGAGAACGGCUACAUGCCAACGAUCGAUUAUCCCGAGACUUACAUCGACCCCCAACGUCUACACAGUCACACAUACUUUUCAACUGGAUGCGCAAUGCGAUCAAGCAUACACCAGACCUCCUACCCAACGGAGAGCUAUACCAAUGUCAACACGCAGGCAUAG